AUGUUACUGUUACCUUAGUACAGUAGCGCAGUCUUCAGUAGUGUGGAUACGAUGUUUCUGUCCUCCACCACAGCGGGCUGUCUGCUGUGGAUCACCACCCUAGGCGGACACUGGGUAAAGUCAGAGUUUUGUCCCAGUCCCCUAAACCUGACAGGAUCUCAUACAGAGCACCUGAUGCAGCUGACAGAGCCGUGUCGCUACGACCGCUGGACCAGACCUCAGUAUGGCAACGGCGGCAAGACUCAUGUCCACACUCGUAUCUACGUCUACUUCCUUGGGUCCAUCGAAGCUCAGAACCUUCAAUUCACGACCCACAUACUGAUUCGAUAUCGGUGGCGAGAUCCUCGUUUGGAGCGAAACAGUUCUCUAAUCACUGGAGAUAACAUGCUGAUGGACCGGAUCUGGACUCCACAUCUCUACCUGGUGAAUGAACACGAGAGUAAGAUAAUGGGAUCUGGACGACAGGAUGUGCUGAUCUCCAUACAACCUGAUGGCACCAUCCUGCACUCAACUAGGAUGAAAGUUACUCUUUUGUGUUUGAUGAAUCUCCAGAAAUUUCCAUUUGAUAAUCAGGUCUGCCCCCUGGUUCUCGAAAGCUGGACAUAUAACACAAGUCAGCUGGAGUUACAUUGGGAGACUGACAGUCCCGUGAUGGUCAACAAGGACUUGCAGCUGACUGAGUACGCUCUCUUGAGAGUGUCUCCCAACAAGUCUGAGGCUCAGUACUCCAUUGACGAGACUGACACUUCCCAAGGUGUUCUCAACUAUUACGGGAAAUUUGCUGGUAACUACAGCACUCUGGUAGUCAAUUUUGCUCUAAAGAGAGAGGUAGGACAUUAUCUGAUGGACUACUACGUUCCGAGCAUCCUACUGGUAGUUGUUUCCUGGGUGACAUUCUGGCUGGAUGCCAAUGCUGUUCCUGGCCGCACCACCUUAGGAACAAGUACGAUGCUCACAUUUAUAACAUUGUCAAGGAACAUUGGUAGCUCCCUACCAAAAGUGUCUUAUAUUAAGGCAACUGAGAUUUGGUUUAUCGUCUGCACUGGAUUUAUUUUUGGAUCACUAGUAGAAUUUGCUUUUGUUAACAUCAUAUGGAGAAGAAGGAAAAAUGUGGAACUAAAGAAGGUAAAUAGUAAAUAUAUACUCAAGUCAACAUUGACACCACAGCUGAAUAGGAAGAACAACACAUCAAGUUUAGGACCAAAAUGCAAAUCCUUGUCUUCAUUGAGUGAUCCUGGAUUAGAUUCGGAUACCAACAACAGCCAGCUGACGGUGAUGUCGCUAGACUCCAUUGGCCGAGACCCACUGAAGGAAAUAAGUGCAACGUCACUGACUGUGCCUGUCGUCAACUUUGAGGACCCAACUCCUCCUCCUCAGUCUCCCAACAAGAGCUUCUUUACAAUGACUCCACAGGAAAUAGCCAACUGGAUAGACCGCAGGAGUAGGAUUGUGUUUCCUCUUGCAUUUAUUAUUUUCAAUUGUUUCUAUUGGGUAUUUGUCUCGUUUUAAAUUCCAGUAGACAAACACUCUGAAGUGUGAACAGACUGUUUUAUUGUCUAGCAGUGUAAAGAGAGGAAUAGAUGAUGAACAUUAAGUUUCUACUAGUCAGUCAGGAAAAUUACUAUACAAUUGAGUGUAGUCAGUUAAUUUGUAUGAGGAAGGUUAUAGUAACAAUCACCUAUUCAACAUCAUCAAUUCGGGAUGUGAUCAAUUGAAAGAGGAGAUUCUAAAGUUUUGUUUGACACCAAUUUGUUAAACAUAGUUGCAAAAUUAGCCUCUAUAGUCAAUUUUAGAUUUUAACUACAAUUUUAAAUUAAUGACACACCUUUACCUCUCUAAAUUUCAAAACUUCAUACGUUGAAUUGUCAAAAUUUUUAAGUAAUAUUGUUAGGUUUCAAUUAGUUCUAUAACUUACCACUCAACUAUUGUUGUCCCCCAUUAUUGUAAACUGCAAGGAACCUUAAAAAAGCAAAAAAAAUGUUCUGUGUCUUAGAGUUUGGGACGAUUACGGACUACAAUAAUUGAAUGGAUGUGUGCUGUGCAGCCAGAGGGGGCACAUAGAGCAUGUAUAGUUUUUAGCCAUAAUCUUGAUCAAUUUAUUUAUUAACUCACCUUCUCUAUUAUCUACUCUAUACUUUUUUACUUUGCGAGUUUCAUAGAUUUUAGAUUGUGUAAUUAAUUUAAAACCGUGGUUGAAAUUUUAAAAUGUUUGUAGAGGCUAACUUUGCAACUAUGUUUACCAAAAGUAGUGUCAAACUAAACUUUAGAAUCUCCCCUUUCAAUCGAUUCUCACCCCGUGAAGAUAGGUUGUAUAAUUUUUCAUUUAUAGAGUUUCAAACAUUUUAUUACAAACUGAAUUACUUCCUUGAACACUCCUAUUUUAAGUUCUUGGUCAAAGAGGUAUUUAUAUACAGGUGUAUAAGGUUAUAUAUAAAGGUAUAUAGGUAUAUAGUUAUAUGUACAGGGUGUUAUAUAUAGGUAUAUAGUUAUAUGCCAGGAUUUUAAAUGAUAACCAGCUGCUAUACCUGUGCUUUGCAACGGGAAGAAAAUGUGACCUAGAGAGCUAUUAAAGUGGUGCUGAUGUGUGUUUUAAAAUACAGCAACUCUAUGAUUUAGUUUGAAAAUAUAAACUGAUUUAAAAGCGUAAACCUACUUACUUUCAAACCCCUUCUUUUGAUGUUAAUAGAUCCCUUAGAAUAAGACAACAUACCUUAGUGUAGCAAUAGCAUCAAUUAUUGCUUCAUAUUGAUGCUUUAUGAAUAACAUGUUUUACCAUUUUCUUCAAUUUUAUUCAAGCCUCUUCACAUGUAGCUUACUAUAUAAAUAAAUAAAUGAAACUUUGAGCAAUACUUUACAAAAUGUAUACAACCUCACGGGUCUGACUUAAGGGAGGUACAAAUGAGGCAACGAUGACAUCAUAGUUUAGUUCAAAAUUCCUCCGUUAACAGCGUUGUAGUAGAGAGCACAGCGCAUAAUUUUUAAUUCACUACUAGGCCUAGAAUUAUAAAAUUAAGAAAAAUUAUAAAAUUAAUCCCCUUUAUUUUUAUGUGCCAUAUGCCUAUAUUUUUAUUUGGUAAAUGACCCUAACCGUUUACAUAAAAUUUGAUUGUAUCACUUUAAUAAUAUAAUAGAUUGCUUGGGUACUAUUCAAGGUAACUAAACUUUUUAUACGUCAAAUUGAAGCUUAAAUAACUAAGUUUUGUUGUUUCCCGAGUAGCAAGGGACGAAACUUUGACCUUGUCAUGUGCAAAACAGGUGCGCGGUGCUAGGCCGCUAUUGUGACUCAUACGCUUGACGCCAGUCGCCAGUACGACGUUAAGGCACAGAUGGUAAUCUGUGGUUCGCAGAGUUUAUCUCCAUUGCUAAAUGAAACUAAAUUUAAUAAAUCUACUUGAUGAUAAAAAAACUUAAAGCUGAUUAAUUGAGUUUUGGGGCACCAUAGUGUUUUGAAAAGACAUUCACCUGGCCGGCUAAAAACAAGCAAUCACUUAGUCGAAGAAAUCAGACAAUUCUGCAUCAGAAGCCAGAAAAAUUUGAUUGCCCGUCGAAGUCUUCAGCUGAAAAAACCUAAAUUGGUCACUUUAUGAUGUUAUCUGUAAAUGAAAGAGUCUUUGUGCCUAAAAAGAUUCAGUUAAGACAUCAGAUAAACCCGCCGAUCGCCUUAAGCGUACAGACAUUUCUAGUUUUACGCUUAUUCAAAUUCAAAUUCAAAUUCUUUAUUUACUCAUCACAUCUUAUAAUGCACAAGGUACAAAAGAUUGGAGUGUCGUCACAAUAUAAACUAAAACUAAUAAAGCAUAGUUGACAGAAGUAAAAUAUCUCAUAAAUAACCAGAAAAGACCUUAUCAUUCAGCGUAUCAUUUUACAAAGUAUCAUUAAAAAACUCUUCUAUAGUGUAGUGUGGUUUUUGAAGGAGAAGUUUGUGUAAAGAUGUAAGGGCUAAGUUCUUUUAAUUAUUGUUGAGUAAAAUGCUGUACAAUUUAUUAUAAACUUUUACUGUCAUGUGUAUUUUGGUGAGUUUUCAUAUAAUGAAAGCCUAUGCCGAGGAAAUUUAAAUUUGUUCUGAUGUCGUGUUGGAUAGGUAUGGUUGAAUUUACAGUCAUCAAAAAUUGUAAUAUCAUUAAACAUUAGUUUAACAAUAAUUUCAGUUAGGUAUGUAAAGAUUUGUAAGUGUUAAGAUACCAAUAUCUUUAAAUAAAGAUCUGCAGCUUUUUCUUCUUUUAACUCGAGCCAUAGUCCUCACUAUUGAUUUUUGAGCGUCAAAAAUAAUUUUAGUUUGGGGCUGACAGCCCCAAAGUACUAUUCCAUACCUAAUUAUUGAUUCGAUGUAGGCGUGGUAUACCAUUUUACAUACAUCCAUUGAUGUUGUAUUACACUAAUUACACUUAGUGCAAACCUAAACGAAUUUAACUUUUUUGACAGAUAUUGAAUAUGAUUUUCCCAUUUUAGUUUAUAAUCAAAGUGUAUUCCUAGAACCUUGUGGGAAUUGACUGAUUUUAGCUCACCACAGGAUAAAUUCUCCAACUUGUUUUUUUCACAGUUUCUAAUUUUAAAGUACAUUAAGUGGGUUUUAGAAUCAUUCAUUAAAAGAUCAUUUUUGUAAAACCAAUUUUUUAGUUCAUCCACAGUUGUUUUAAUUGAUUUUUCUAAUUGCUGAAAAUCUUUGUUUUUUACCACGACAUUAGUAUCAUCAGCAUACAAAAAUAAACUACCGGUAAUAUUUGAUUCAAGGUCAUUAAUGAAAAUCAGAAAUAGCAAUGGUCCCAGAAUAGAACCUUAUGAGGUACCCCAUAAUGGACACUAUCCCAUCUAGUCGGAAACCGUUUGUUCUGUUUGUAAACUACUGUGCGCUGUUUUCUAUUUAGUAAGUAGUUUGAGAGAAGACCUAAGACCUUUUCUCUUAUACCAAUGUUUUUUAGUUUGUAUAUUAAAAGUUGAUGGUCCACACAAUCAAAAGCCCUGGACAGAUCGCAGAAAACCCCCGCAACACCCUGCGAUCCAUCCAGAGCCUCCGAAACUGAGUUGACAAAUUUAGUCAGCACCAAGGUUGUUGAGUAAAUUAUUAUUUUCCAAAAAAUCAGUUAUGCGAUGGUGAAUCAAUUUUUCAAAUAUUUUAGAAAGAUUACUAAGUAGAGAAAUAGGUCUAUAGUUUUGUAUAUUUCUUUUUGAUCCUUUUUUGAAAAUAGGUUUACUUCUGAAAAUUUGAGCUUAUCGGGAAAUUCUUCAUUUAAAAAACUUUGAUUAACUAUUUUGCUUAAAACUGGAGCUAUGAUGUGUUCUGACAAUUUAAUGAGUUUGAUUGGGAUUUCAUCCCAUCCAACAGCAUGGGAAUUGUUUAGACCUUGUUUUAUUUUAAUGAUUUCUAAUGUGUCUGUAGGUUUAAAUUCAGUUAAUGUUUUAAGAGAUGUAUUACAAGCUACAUUAGUGUCUGUCACCGAAACUUUAGGAAUUUUGAGAUAAUUAACUGUGUCGACAUAAUGAUGACACAGUGCUUAUAAGAUUGAUGAAAAUCUGAAUUUUAUUAAAUAAUUCUGAAUCGUAUGAAAGAAUGAGGAAAAAACUUUGUUCUUUUCCCUUCAAUUUGACGUUUAAAUUGUUUAAUUAUCUUGAAUAGUCCCCGGACCCCGAGCAACGACCGUUUAAAAUCCUGGCAUUCUUUUAAAACACCCUGUAUUUUAAGCACUAUAAUAUACAAAUAGGUCAGUAUUAUUUAAAAAGGUUAUAUUUAUAGUUUUAUAUUAACUAAUUAGGACCUGAGAUCAUAUUUAUGAGUGAAGUGUAGGCCUAUAUAUCUUUUCAUAAGCCUCCCAUUGAAAAAGUACCAAAAACCACUUAGUUUAUUUGGCUAAUGAUUUUCUGUCGUUCAAUCUAAAGAAUUGAUCAUUAUUCUGGUUUUUAUGGUCAAUAGAGUGUUUUCAUACAAAUAGGAGUGUAAAUGUAAGCUAUUAUUACUUGGUUGAUUUGCCGAAGGAUGUAAAUGAUAGUUUAAGAAUCUUUACUUGUACUUCAUAUCAAGAACUGUGAUUUAUAUACAGUAGUUUUGUUUUGUAUGAAUAAAAAUCUGUAUAUUAGAUGUAGUGAGA